CAGCGCCCGGGAGGAGAUGCAGACGCCGCGGCCGGCGAUGAGGAUGGAGGCCGGGGAGGCAGCGCCGCCGGCGGGGGCGGGCGGCCGCGCCGCAGGCGGCUGGGGCAAGUGGGUGCGGCUCAACGUGGGGGGCACGGUGUUCCUGACCACCCGGCAGACGCUGUGCCGCGAGCAGAAGUCCUUCCUCAGCCGCCUGUGCCAGGGGGAAGAGCUGCAGUCGGACCGGGAUGAGACCGGGGCCUACCUCAUUGACCGUGACCCCACCUACUUCGGGCCCAUCCUGAACUUCCUCCGGCAUGGCAAGCUGGUGCUGGACAAGGACAUGGCUGAGGAGGGGGUCCUGGAGGAAGCCGAGUUCUACAACAUCGGCCCGCUGAUCCGCAUCAUCAAAGACCGGAUGGAAGAGAAGGACUACACGGUCACCCAGGUCCCGCCCAAGCACGUGUACCGUGUGCUGCAGUGCCAGGAGGAGGAGCUCACGCAAAUGGUCUCCACCAUGUCUGAUGGCUGGCGCUUCGAGCAGCUGGUGAACAUCGGCUCCUCCUACAAUUACGGCAGCGAGGACCAGGCAGAGUUCCUGUGUGUGGUGUCCAAGGAGCUCCACAGCUCCCCGAACGGGCUGAGCUCAGAGUCCAGCCGCAAAACCAAGAGCACGGAGGAGCAGCUGGAGGAGCAGCAGCAGCAGGAGGAGGAGGUGGAGGAGGUGGAGGUGGAACAGGUGCAGGUGGAGGCAGAUGCACAGGAGAAAGCCCAGUCAUCUCAGGAUCCCGCUAACCUUUUCUCCCUCCCACCACUGCCUCCUCCUCCGCUUCCCGCUGGAGGUUCCCGUCCGCACCCUCUCAGACCUGAGGCUGAGCUUGCAGUGAGGGCUUCUCCUCGGCCCCUCGCCCGCCCCCAGAGCUGCCAUCCCUGCUGUUACAAGCCAGAGGCACCCGGAUGUGAGGCCCCAGAUCACCUCCAGGGACUUGGGGUUCCCAUCUGAAAUCCUUUAUUUUUGUACCAUGGGGUGGGCCCUGGGCCUGAGAAGGAAGAAGCGCCCUCUCCCCGGCCUCCUCUGUCUGCACCUGUGGGGCUGUGACUUACCCCUGCCUCCAGGGGUGGGGCGGGGGCCCCCUGGGACCUCUUAAGGCCCGAGGUGGGCCCCAGGACCUCUGGGCAGAGUCGACUGCUCAUGGCAGAUGUGUGGCAAUGUCUGGCUGUGUCUCUCCGGCACCCGCGUCCCCUCUCCCGGGCUCCCCUGCUGCAUGGCGGAUGUGCUCCUUCCCGGCCCAGUCACAUUGCCUCCUCGAGCCUUAGUCCAGGGGGUAACUCCUCCCACCCCACCUACCUCACAGGGUUGUUGUGAGGGUGCACAGAGGACCAAAGUCCCUGAAGGCCCUCAGGCAGUAUAUAGGGGCCGCCCACCUUCAGCUGCCCUGGGAUGGGAAGGACCCAGCCCGACCCCUGGGCGUAACACUGUGUUUGCAAAUGGAGAUUCAGGUAUUGGGGAUGCAGGUUGUGGGGAGCUGGCCUGGCAGAGUAGGGGUAGGUGGCUUGGCCUUCUCCUUGGUGAUCCCACCCCCAGCCAUUUGCAUUGCUGGCCCAGCGCCUGGCCUGGAGGGCGGGGAGAGGCAGCAGAAGGGGCUGGGCAGGGGCGGCGGAGGCCUCAGGAACUGCCCGGGGAGAGUGGGUGUGGCAGCUGAGCCAGGGGCCCUCCUGUGUUUGACUUCCCGGGAUGGGUCCUUGCUUCUCAGCUGUGUCUGACCCCACCAUGUAAUAAAACCCAAAGGAACAGCCCA